AUGGACAAGACGCCGAGCAGUCCACACCACGGAAGCAACUCUUCGUCUUGCGAGCGAAGCACGUCGAGAAAGCCCGGCGGUUGGACGGGCUCGCCGAGCCCCGGUUCCGGCUCCCAGUGCGUCCCCGCGGGGGUAGGAGGCAGCCGGGGGGCUUUCUUGGGGAACAGUACCAGUUCGCCGCAACAGCUCGGUCGCAGGCGACAGUUGGAAGGAGUUCUUAGCAAAUAUACCAACCUCAUUCAAGGCUGGCAAAACAGGUACUUUGUAUUGGAUCCAGAUUCAGGACUACUCUUGUACUAUGUCAACGAGCAGGGAAGGAGCCAGAAGCCGCGAGGGUCCCUCCCCUUGAUCGGUGCCACGGUGAAUCCUAGUGAUGAGGCUCCGCACAUGUUCAUUGUCAGCUCUGUAAAUGGAGAGUUGUACAAACUCAGAGCCUCUGAUCCCAAAGAGCAGCAGUAUUGGGUUAGCCAGCUCCAAGCAUGUGCCAGGCGACAUUCAGACUGCAGUGCCAAGGUCAGAAAGUUGAAGGGCUCUGAUGAACACCUGAGCGCCGAAGAAGGAGGGGGAGGACAAGAUGUGCUGGGCUCCUCAUCCUCUGGUCGCACCCGUAGCUUCUCUCUCCUGCCACACCUCACGCCAUCUUCAUCACCGGCUUCUCAGCGGCAACUCGCCCACACGUCUUCGCCAAGUAACAUCGUCAAAAUAACCCACCACAAGUCGCCGGCUGCAGCGCGGCGGGCCAAGAGUCAGUACCCGGGACGGCUGCUGGAGGUCAAGGAGAUGAUGUCCCAAGCUGAGGGCCAACAAAAGAACCUGGUCCAGUCCAUUGACUCGUUACCCACAAAAGGCCCCCUCUCGUGUCUGGAUCAGGACUUGCUGCUGCUCAAAGCCACAUCGGCCGCGACGCUCAGCUGCCUGGGAGAGUGCCUGAACAUUCUCCAACAGAGCCAUAGCCAGGUGCCGCCUCUGUCUCAGGCUACUCAGCGCAACCACACCGUCCACGGAUCCGCCACGGAUGGCGCUCCUGUGUGGACGGUACCAAAGUCACCCUCAGGGCAGCAUCUGAAAAACGGCGGCCUGACUCCUCUGCGCUCGGCCGAGCCGUCGCCGGCCCUCAGGGAACGGAGCCUGUCACACGGUGUCGAGCAUCAGGCAGGGCUGGCAGACAUCAGCCAAAGCGAAGAAGUGACGGACACAGAAGACAAUGAGGAGGAGGACCUGGGCGUCCUGGAUGACCAGAGGAGCGUCAUUCUCCACUUGCUGUCCCAGCUUAAACUGGGAAUGGACCUGACAAGGGUGGUGCUGCCUACUUUUAUUCUGGAAAAGCGCUCAUUGCUGGAGAUGUACGCCAACUUCAUGGCCCACCCAGACUUGUUCCUGUCCGUCACAGCCGGCGUUACGGCCGAGGACCGCAUCGUCCGCUUUGUGGAGUACUACCUGACAUCCUUCCACGAGGGUCGAAGGGGCGCCGUCGCUAAGAAGCCCUACAAUCCCGUGCUAGGGGAGACCUUCCACUGCUCCUGGGAAGUGCCUCGGGACAAAAUCAAGCCUUCGGGCAGAGCGAAUCAGGGGUCGAACAAGCAAGCGGAGGACGCGCCGGGAGGCUGCUACAGAGUUCGUUUCGUGGCCGAACAGGUUUCCCACCACCCGCCCGUUUCGGCUUUUUACUGCGAGUGCAGGGAGAGACGGGUGUGUGUCAACGCGCAUGUGUGGACCAAGAGCAAAUUCAUGGGCAUGUCAAUCGGAGUGUCCAUGGUUGGAGAAGGCGUGCUGUGUCUAGUGGAGCACGAGGAAGAGUACGUCUUCUCGCUGCCGUCGGCCUACGCCCGCUCUAUACUUACCGUGCCAUGGGUGGAACUGGGAGGAAAAGUCUCCAUCAACUGUGCCAAGAGCGGCUACUCGGCCACCGUCACCUUCCACACUAAGCCGUUCUAUGGCGGCAAAGUACACAGAGUGACUGCAGAGGUGAAACACAACCCGACCAACACCAUCGUAUGUAAAGCGCAGGGCGAGUGGAACGGAACCCUGGAGUUCACCUACAGCAGCGGGGAGACCAAAGUGAUCGACACGGCCAAGCUCGCCGUCACCAAGAAGAAGCUGCGACCGCUAGACAAACAAGGACGCGCCGAGUCCAGGCGGUUAUGGCAACACGUGACCAAGUCGCUGAAAGAGGGCAAUAUGGACGAGGCGACGGAGCAUAAACACGGAUUGGAGGAGCGUCAGAGGGCGGACGAGAGACGAAGAGCGGCGGAUAACAAAGCCUGGACACCUAAAUAUUUCACUAAGGAGGGAGAUGGUUGGAUGUACAGCAACCCUCUGUGGAAGUCCACUUGA